AUGAAAAAGCUAUUGGAUCUGUUGCGUAUACCGGACAAUAGGAUCUUCUCUGAUAUAGUGGCUGGUAUCAGUAACGUAUCCAAUGGGCGGCUGGACAAACCGGAGAAAGAAAACACCAGUUUAGGUGAACUUGGUGCCCUCUACAGCGACGCCAUACCUGUAGCUGCUGGUCCCGGCAGCGGCCCGGCAGAUCAGGGGACUGAAUUGUCCUCCAAUUCGGACGGUUCAAGGUCGUUACGCAAAAGGAACUCGGCAAUAUCGACGUACUCAGUGAAAGCAUUGAUUAAACAGCAAGAAAGCCAGCACAGGAGUAGCACUACACCCAGGCGCAGAUUGGCAAACGGUGGUAGAGAUAGAGUGCGACAGCUUGAGCCUGGGAUGCCUCCACUGGUGGUGGUAAACAGGUCCUCACGUCAUUUCAAUGUGUUGAUAAGAUACAAGAUACCCAUGGACAAAAAACUGAACGUAAUACAACGCCACGCCGCUACUACGGUGAAUGGCCCAGUAGCCAAUGGCGACAAUACCCACAGUCAUCCUCGUACUACCCAAGUUAGUGCUGUCCACAAAGGACAGUUGAACGGGUAUCUGCUUUCUCCAGCUCAGAUGCGAUAUGGACCAGAGUUAAAGAAAAGGGGACGGCCCAGAAAGUUGGGCCAGCCGUUAUCGAAGUAUCUACUCCGGAAGUUGCAACAAGAAUUAGAAAUGGCUAACGGUAUGGCCACUGACGUAAACAAGUAUGUCAGUGAGGCUGACUACAGCACAUCCGAUACCACCGACUACAGUGAACAUGUAGAACUUUCAAGUAACCAAGUUCAGAAUGAUGUAGAUCCGUUUGAAGAACUUCCGUACAAGGGUUUGCUUCCCUUCCCAGACUGUAUCAUCAACGAAACUGAUCCUACCAAAGAAGAUAGGAGUUUAUUCCAAUCUUUGCUUCAGCAGGGAGAGGCUCUUAGAGAGAAAAUGGCUAGUUUGGAAACUGGCGAGCAAUCCGAAACAACCAAUGAUGUAGGAGAAGCAGCUGCUGAAGAGGAUGAAGGCAGUCGUAUAACCAAUCGAAGCAAAAUCUCUAAAAUUCAAUUCAGAGAGUUUGAAAUCGACACUUGGUAUACUGCUCCCUACCCCGAAGAAUAUUCUCAAUGCCCCAAAUUGUAUAUCUGUGAGUUUUGCCUCAAGUAUAUGAAUUCUCCAACUUCAUUUGAGCGUCAUAGCUUGAAGAAUUGCAACUUAUCCAACCACCAUCCUCCUGGUAUUGAAAUAUAUCGUGAUCAGAAGCAAAAACUACUGGUUUGGGAAGUUGACGGGAGGAAGAAUAUUCACUAUUGCCAGAAUCUUUGUCUCUUAGCAAAGUUAUUCUUAAACCUGAAGACUUUGUACUAUGACGUUGAGCCAUUUAUCUUUUAUGUGUUGACGGAGAUUGAUUCUCAAGAUGAAUCGAAGUAUCAUUUCGUUGGAUAUUUUCUGAAAGAAAAACUUAACAACAGCGACUAUAACGUUUCAUGUAUCCUAACACUCCCCAUUUAUCAAAGAAAAGGAUAUGGUAACUUUUUGAUUUCAUUCAGUUAUUUACUAAGUAGGAGGGAAUUUAAAUUCGGUACGCCAGAGAAACCAUUAAGUGACUUGGGAUUGGUGAGUUACAGGAAUUAUUGGAAAGUCACAAUUGCAUUCACUUUGAGAAAGUUGUAUGAUAAGUAUAAGGAUGAAAAGCAAUUUUCUUUAUCUAUUGAUUCUAUUUCGAAAUUGACUGGUAUGAUUCCAUCCGAUGUUGUAGUUGGUAUGGAACAGGUGAAAUCACUUGUUCGGAGCCAGAAAACUGGCAAAUUUGGCAUAAUGAUCAAUUUGCCGAUCAUCGACGCAGUAAUAGCAAAGUGGAAACAAAAAGGAUAUGUUUGGAUUGAUGAAAGUAAACUAAUAUGGAAACCAAUGUUAUUUGGACCUUCUGGAGGUAUAAAUAGUGCUCCGACCAUUCCUCUUAACCAAACUAACCUACUUGCCACUCCUUCUAAUAGUAUUUCUCAUAUUGUGAACUUUCUCAAAGAUGAUAUUAAUAAUCCAUUCUCGUUUGAAGAAGAAGCUUUUAAAGAAAUCGAGCAGGAAAUUCAGAACGUUGGAGCUGAGGCAAAUGGAGCUAAUGAAAUUGAAAAUGAGGAUGAGGACUCAUUAAUAGUUUGCCAUCCAGAUAUGGUAUCGCUUCCAAAUGUACCAAAACGCAUAUUAACUGAAGUUAGCGGUCUUGAAACCACGAGCUUGAAAGAGCAACAAAAUAAAGUCUUCAUGGAAGUCGAAGAGGAAGAAGAAGAGGAAGAGGAGGAAGAAAUUGAUGAAGAUGAUGAAGAAGAAGAGGACGAGGAGUAUUCUGAAUUUGAAGAGAUAUCUGACAUUGAAUUGCCUGAGGAGGACCAACUGGAUACGAGGACUGCCAGAAGAAAGUUGGUUGGUGGUGUGGAUGAAGAAGAGGAAGAAGAUGAAGGUGAUGAGGAAUUGGAGGAGGAAGAUGAACACGAAGAAGAUCUUGAUGAUGCAGACUCGGACUCUUCAUCUUCCGAUGUACAUAUAAAAGAGCGCAAAAACGGGCGGUAUUAA